AUGUCAGAAAACCAACCAAGAAAUGUUGGAUCAGAAACAGAAUUCUCAUACACGAUGGAUAUUGCAUCCAAACUACACGAAGAUCUUGAUUUAACAGAAAAAAUAAAAGUACGGGAUUUUCUGCAAGCAUUUUUAAAAGAAAUUCCUGAAGAAUCAAUGCAAAAAUAUAUAAAUAGUGACCAACACAAAAUAUUGAUUCACAAAUUACGAUUAGUAAUUGAUAAAAACAACGAUAUAUUAAUAGGCAUUCAAGAGAUUUUUCAAAAAAUAUUAUUGAAAUCCAUACUCGAUUUACCCGAACCAAAUUAUUUAACCGCAAUGUGUGCCAACAUGAAUAUUCAGGAUGAUUUUGAUUUCGAAAAAUAUACGUUCAUGCUUCCGAUAUUCAAGGCAUUCUGUUUAGCAUUUUUCGUGGAGUUGUACAUCCCUAUAAUUAAAAAUCUGUGUGAUAACUAUCCAAAAUGGCUUGAUGAAAAUGAACCCGUUUUAUCUAAUGACGAAUUCUAUAAGUACGUCAUUAAUUAUAAAAAAAUUUUUUUAUGACGAAUUUGAUAUAACUAUCAUUAAACUCUUGUUCGAAAUUCCAGACAUGCACUUGCGUUUGAAAAUGUAAAAGCAAUCAGAGAUUAUUUUGAAAAUCAACACGAUACCCAUAAUGAAAUCGAUAAACAACAUGAGAUUGAAGAUAUCGAACAUUUAUUUAUGGAUAUGAAUUUGUGUGGCAUUAACAUUAUCCCAGACCACCUAUAUUACUGCAAAACAAAUAAAAACCAAUCAAACGAUCUAUUAGAAUAA